AUGGUGCCAGAGGAUCUGGAUCAGACUGCAAAGCCCUGGAUACACAAAACACAUUCGGUAGUUAAGAUCACUGUUAAAAGGCACGAUGUGCCUGCUAUCGAACAUUUGCGAAACUUGUCUAAGGUUCAAGAGUACAACGUGGCUCUUCAGAACCGUUUUGAUUGUCUGGCUAAUGAGGUCAACCUUGAGGACAUGUGGGAUAAUUUCAAGCAGACAGUCACUGAUGUCUCGAUGGAAGUGCUUGGAAAGCGUCCCCGGAAGGUUAAAGAACAACACCUUUCGCAAACCUCUAAGAACUUGAUAGAGCAACGGGGAAUGUUCAAACGGAGGGAUCCCACUUCAAACGUCAAUAGAUCAGCCUACUCUAAACUUAAUAAAUUAGUUAAGAAAAGUUGUAAAAUUGACGACAACAACUGGGCUACUAAAAUAGCGACUGAUCUAGAGGAGGCUUCUAAGAAAGGCCAGCAAAAGGAAGUUUGGGAUAAGAUAAAGAAGAUUUCUGGGAAAAAGAAGAAGAAAGUGGGUAUGUCAGUUAGGGAUAAGGAUGGUCAUUUCAUUACAGACCCGGACAGUCAGAAGGAAAGAGAUGAGAUUAGUUAUGCUCUAAAGAAACUGAAGAACUGCAAAAGUGCAGGGGUUGAUGAGAUAACUAAUGAACAACUUAAGUAUGGUGGAAGUGCUCUUGUUGGCCAACUAGAGCUACUGUUUAAAAAGGUAUGGGAGGAAGAGGUGAUCCCUGAGGAUUGGCUUAAAGGUGUUAUAGUGGUUAUCGGAAAGAAGGGCGACACCUCAUACUGCUGCAAUAAUAGGGGUAUAACUCUUAGGGCAACGUCUUCUAAGGUUCUUCAAAUGGUUCUUCUUAAGAGGCUGGAUGGUGGAAUGGAGUGUCUUCUUAGGGAAAAUCAGUGUGGGUUCAGACGGAACCGCUCAUGUAUUGAUCAGAUUUAUUCCAUCCGCACCAUUAUUCACAACUGCAUUGAGUUGAACAUUCCACUUUAUGUUAAUUUCAUUGAUUUUAACUUUAAGGCAGCGUUUGAUUCCAUCAGAAGAGAGUUCAUUUGGUCAAGAAUGAGACACUAUGGACUUCCUGAGAAAUAUGUUAGAAUCUUUCAGGCAUUCUUCAACGGAACCAUGAGUGCUGUCAGGGUUCACAAGGCGAUCAGUCAUGGUGCUGUACCGCAAAAGGAACUAAAGGGUGCAGAUGAUAAAGUUAUCAUGGAUAGUGACUACGCUGAUGAUCUGGCAGUGAUGGACAAUACUGAAGAAGGGCUGCAAGAGUCCACUGAUCUUAUAGCUUAUUACACCUCUUAUGCUGGGUUGAAGAUCAACGCUAAAAAGACACAAUGCAUGGCGAUCAGCAAGUGUGCGUCCCAGCGACCUUACACCGAAAGAGACAGUAUAAAGCUAACAGUGGGGGGAGAACCUGUUGAACAGCUUUGGAAGAUAUGGAACAGUCGAACUAUAAGAACGCCCACCAAGAUCCGUAUCUACAAGGCUGCUGUUAUUACUAUUCUGUUAUAUGGAGCUGAAGUGUGGAACACAACAAAGAAGCAGAUGAAACGGUUUGAGGUCUUCCAUCUGACCUCCCUAAGAAGAAUCUUGAAGAUAAAGUGGUUCUUCCAUGUCUCCAAUGAAGAAGUUCUCAGGCGUGCUGGAAUUAAGUCUAUCGAAACUUUCAUCGGUGCGGCUAGACUAAGAUGGUACGGACAUGUUGUCAGAAUGCCAGAGACGCGGUUUCCCAAUUUCUUACUGGAUUGGAAACCAAACUAUGGAAAGAGACUGAGAGUAAGACCCCGCAAAGGCUGGAUGGCCUGUGUACUCGAGGAUGCAGCUGAAUUUACAUGUGUCGAUAACAUCAGCAGAGAUGCAAAAACCCCGCUGAGAGGUACAGCUCAGGACAGUGACAAAGACAGUCCUGUAGUCAAUACGAAGAAGAAAUCUCCAAACAAAAAGAAGAUGUCCAGGAAGGUACCCAUAAGAUUGGAAGAGUUGAGACUAAAAAGUAUAAAAGUAGAACAGCUAGAUUGUAUGGACUGGUGUAAGACAAGUUCAUCAGCCUGA